GAUUUCAGAACGGCAUGAGCAUCCGAAGAGAGGAAGAGGUUAUUUUGCGUGAGAUGCUGAUGUAAACAAGCACAUAAACUACAAUUUAUAAUGGGUCGUCUUUUAGAGUUGCCAGAGGAAGGAGUUGAAUCCAAAACCUUUGUUUUCUUGGAUGAGGGACACACUUUGGGAAAUGCUCUCAGAUAUGUGAUAUCCCAAUACCCUAAAGUAACCAUGUGUGGUUAUACUCUUGAACAUCCAGCCGAGUCAAAAAUGCUCUUAAGGAUUCAAACAAAGGGUGGAAAUGCAUAUGAACUACUGAAACAGGGUCUCGAAGAUCUUGCGAAAAUAUGCGAUCACACUAUAGAAACAUUUGAUAAAGCAUAUGAGAAAUAUGAAUCUAAACAAACUAAUCUUGAAAGCACAUUAUAGUCAUUAUAUCUUAGAAAUAUGUGAUAUAUGUUUUUUCUAAGUAAAUCAAAAAGUUACUAAUGAAUCUUCGUUGUCUUUAUUAAAUGUA